ACCUUCGGACAUUUUAUGCUGCAGGACAGAACACCAUUCUCACAUGUGUAGCUAUCAAACCAAGCUGAUUUGGGCAAAGGGAAAGUUUAUAGCUAAUAUGUGUUAAAUCCGAAUGUGGGAACAUAAGCAAAACAGCUAAAGAUGCCCAGGAACGGAAGAAAAGCAGCAGCCGGAGAUGAAGAGGUCGCUCCCAAACAUAGGAAAACAGACUCCAAUGGCGUCCCCUCUCCUUUCUGCUUCGACACCCCAGACACUGUCUUCCAGAGCAUAAUUUCCCCAGUGGGACAGGAGGAAUUUUUCACUGAUUACUGGGAGAAGAAGCCCCUCCACCUCCAGAGGUCUGACCCAGGCCUGGCCUCCUACUACAAGUCUCUGUUCCAGCUCUCAGACCUGAAGGGGCUGUGCGCCCAGGGCCUGACGUAUGCCAGAGACCUCAAUGUGUGCCGCUGCGUCCAGGGCAACAAGACUGUGUUGAACAAGGAAGGCCGUGUCAACUACAACCAGCUCAAGAAGGACUUCAACCAGAAGGCCACCAUCCAGUUCCACCAGCCUCAGAGGUUUAAGGACGAGUUGUGGCGGAUUCAGGAGAAGCUGGAGUGUUUCUUCGGCGCUCUUGUGGGCUCCAACGUCUACAUCACCCCACAGGAUUCCCAAGGGCUACCCCCACACUACGACGACGUGGAGGUGUUUAUCCUCCAGUUGGAGGGCGAGAAACAUUGGCGUCUGUACAGCCCCACGGUGCCCCUGGCCAGAGAGUACUGCGUGGAGCUUGAGGAGCGCAUCGGCAGCCCCACACACGACAUCAUACUGAAGGCAGGUGAUCUGCUCUACUUUCCCAGAGGAACCAUCCAUCAGGCUGACACCCCCGUGGGAGUGGAUCAUUCUACCCACCUGACCCUCAGUACCUACCAGAACACGUCAUGGGGAGACUAUCUGGCCAACGUGUUUCCCAAUUUCUUGUAUGACUCCCUUAAGACCAGUGACAUCACCAGGAGGGUAGGCAUGCCCAGGAGAAUCUUGAUGGGAGCCAACGCAGCCCCAGACACAAGCAGGCAGUUGGCCUCAUUAUUGAGGAGCGUGGCAGAUCAGAUGGAGAGGGGUGAACACGAACUCCGUGCCGGGGACAUGAAGAGGGACUUUGCCCUCCACAGACUGCCACCUUACACACCAGAGCAAGAUGACAUCACAUCGUCAGCUGGAAAGAUGCCUGCUUUAGAAGAUACGGUGUGUCUGAGGUUUAAAGACCACAUCCUGGUGUCUUUAGAGACGUGUCAAAGCUCAUCAGAUGGGUCGGUAUCGUUGGUGGUUGAUGUGAUGCACUCUCUGAGGAACAGAAGGGAGAAACACAUGAUGGGACAGAGUGGUGAUGAUGAUGAUGAUAGUGGUGGUGAUGAUGAUGAUAGUGGUGAAGAGGAGGAAGAUGCACCCUCUGAGACCCCCGGCAUGACCUUCCCCUUCGAAGACCUCCCGGCCAUCAGGCAGCUGCAGGCGGGACAGCCCAUCCCUGUGUCUCAGCUAAAAAGGCAAUUGGACAAUGACAAAGUCCAGAUGGCCCUGGUGCUCUGGUCGGAGGGCCUGCUGGAGGUGUGCUAAUACCCCAACAGCAUACUCUGACACCAACAACCACUGCUUUCCAUUUGGUCACACAAUAAAUUAAGAGUCCUUUAUUCUA